CAAAGAACUGCAAGAAAAGAUGUAUGAAAAAACUGAGAUCUUAUAUACUGCACUCAAGCAUAAGAAGUAAGAUUUUUUUUUACAUUUCUCUCUGUGUGUGUGUGUGUGUGUGUGUGUGUGUGUGUGUUUUCAUACAGUAAAAGUUACUGGGGCUCAGUGUUGUUUUGGACUGUAGUGACAUUCAUUGUAUGUGCAAAAACUGGGAAUUGGGAAUAAUGUGAAUAGGCAGAGCUGCAUAUACACAGAUCACUGUCUGUACACACUUAGCACCUCUGACUGCUUGAGGAUCUUGUAUGUGUGUGUGAUGUCAGAGGUCAUAAAGGAAACGGUGAGGAUGUGUGAGCCAGGGUGUGUCUUAUGGACAGUCAGCGAUAGAGAUGCUGGGGCGUCGAUGGGCGUGGAUGCCCUUUCGUUAUAAAACAGAGCCUAAAAAGCAAAGGUAUUAGAGAGAAGACAGCUGUCUUGGACUGAACUACGGAAACUUACUGCAAGCAUCAAGAACAGGAUUUUACAACGGCUCACUGAUCACUCACAACAAGUCUCAAGCUAAAUCCAUCAAUGGCCAGCCAUAAUGCCAUUCUGAGUGGUAUAGAUCUGCAGUGCUAUGAGAAUAACCAUGCUCACCGCACUGAGGAGAUGGACGUGGAGCGUCUGCUGGUGCGCCGAGGUCAGCCCUUCUCUGUAAUACUGCAGUGUACUGACAUCCCACAGCUCUCUGACCACCAGCUCAACAUCAUACUACACCUGGGUAAGAAAAAUGAGGUGGUCUUGAAGGUGCCUGACUCAGAGCAAGAUCAUGGAAAAUGGUGGUUUAGUCAGCGUAAUGCUCAAGGUGAGGUGAUGCUGACUCUCCACAGCCCUGCUGACGCUCUUGUGGGUCUAUACAGCAUGUCUGUAGUUCUGCUCUCAGCUGAUGGGCACAUCCUGGAGAAAACCCAGCCUAAGACCUUCUACCUGCUUUUCAAUCCCUGGUGCAAGGAUGAUUCUGUGUACCUUCCCAAUGAGGAACUGCUGCAGGAGUACAUUUUAAAUGAAAAUGGGAUCUUGUACCAGGGCUCGUGGGAUGAUAUCACCACCGUGCCUUGGAACUUUGGACAGUUCGAAAAAGAUGUAGUGGAUAUUUGCUUUGAAGUGCUGGACAAUUCACCUGCGGCCAUGAAAAAUUCAGAGAUGGACACUGGUAACAGAGGAAGUCCUGUUUAUGUCAGCAGGACCAUUGCUGCCAUGGUGAAUUCUAAUGAUGAUCGUGGGGUGGUAUCUGGGCGCUGGGAUGGAGAGUACAAUGAUGGGAUGGCGCCCACACGGUGGACUGGCAGUGUGCCCAUCUUGAAGCGCUGGAGUGAGGGUGGAGGAGAAAAAGUGCGCUAUGGGCAGUGCUGGGUGUUUACAGGAGUGGCCUGCACAAUCCUCCGCUGUCUUGGCAUUCCAGCCAGAUGUAUCACGAAUUACUCAUCUGCUCACGACACUGAUGCAAACAUUUCUGUGGAUUACCUUUUCAACGAUCAACUUGAAAGUAUGUCUGAAGGCAAGAAGGACUCCAUAUGGAAUUACCACUGUUGGGUUGAGUCUUGGAUGAAACGUGAUGACCUCCCAGAAGGUUACGAUGGAUGGCAGGUGCUAGAUCCAACUCCUCAAGAAAGAAGUGAUGGAAUCUUCUGCUGUGGGCCUUGUCCAGUCCAUGCAGUCAAGGAGGGAGAGUUAGGGAUGAAGUACGAUGCCCCAUUUGUGUUUUCUGAGGUGAAUGCUGAUCUGAUUAUCUGGAUUGUUCAUCCAGAUGGAGAACGAAUUCAAGUGUCCCAAAACAGUAAAGUUAUAGGACGGAACAUUAGCACUAAGAGUGUUUAUGGAGACUUCAGAGAAGACAUUACUGCUAACUACAAAUAUCCUGAAGGAUCGGGGAUGGAGCGAGAGGUUUAUAAAAAGGCAGGAAGACAAAUUACCCAAAAGAAUGAAGGCCCAGGACAGCUUGAGCUUUUCAUUAAGCAUGCCCCAGCUAUUCACGGGACAGACUUUGACGUGUUCAUAGAGGUGUAUAAUGCUGGUGGGGAGGACACAGAUGCACAGCUCACAGUCACAUCGAACGCAAUAACCUACAAUAGUAUCCACCUUGGAGAGUGCCAGAGAAAGACAACCUCUCUCACAGUGCCAGCUCACAAAGCUCAUAAAGAAGUACUGCGACUUCAGUAUGACCAUUAUGGGGCGUGUGUGUCAGAACAUCACAUGAUAAGGGUCACAGCCCUCCUCCAAUCCAGUGAUCAAAACAACAUCAUCCUACAAGAAAUCAACAUCCCCUUGAAAAUGCCAGUGCUUAAUAUCAAGAUUGUUGGAAAAGCGAUCAUAUCACGUAAACUGACAGCACACAUCUCCUUCACCAAUCCCUUGCCUGUUAGUCUUCAAGGAGGCGUGUUUACCAUGGAGGGAGCAGGACUAACAGAAGCAAAAGAAAUAAAAACACAUGGUAAGAUUGAACCUGGUCAGGCUGUGACGGUUAAAUUUUCCUUCAAACCCACCCGUGCUGGCCUGAGGAAACUGCUUGUCGACUUUGAUUCGGAUAGACUGAAAGAUGUAAAAGGCGAAGCAACUAUCAUCGUUCGGGAAAAAAAGAAGCAAAAUAGGAACAUUCUCCCAGAAAUCUAGACAAGGAUGUACAAUCCAAAGAACCAUAAAUAACUUAGUGUGUAGUAAAUGUUACAUUUAUUGCAUUAUACGCGACUUGCGGACAGUUGUUUUGCUUGUUACAUAUUUUGUUUGUUAUUUGUUUAUACAAAGAGUGUGUAACAUUUCCUUUAUACUUGAUAACUUUGCAUGCUUUCAUACAGACUUUGAAUAUAAGAUCUACAAAAGCUAUUUUUCUACGUGUAAAAUGCCCAGUCAUAUAUACGCUAGCUUUUAUUUUAAAAUGUUUGAUCUAAUAACAAUUUUGAAAUCAGUGUUUGUUGAUAUUUUCAGUAUUAUGCUGUUGUUGUGUGUGAUGUAAAUGUUUCGUAGUAAUA